AUGUUCUGGCGCUUCGGCGGGUACGCACAGCUGUCGUCGCUGGACAGCAUUCUCGACAAACCUGAUGUUACAGUCGAGGAGCUGCUGGAGGAGUCGGACCUAAUACAGGAGCUGAAGCAGCAGAAUUCAAAGCUUAUCGAGUACCUGCGUGACGAGAAUGUCCUCGAACGGCUGCUACGCUAUGUCACCGCUGCAAAGCCCUCUGAGUCGACCGAAGAGGGUACACCUGGCGAAGGACUCAGCGAGGUCGGUAGCCCCAGCCGCCAGAGCUUCUUCGGCAAGGUUGCAGGACGCGCGCGUUCGGCGUCUACAGCGAAGUCAGAUGCCGGUGAUGGAGAAGAGAGUAAGGAAGAGAGACAGCGCAUGAAGUACGCCUAUGUCUCUUGUGAAAUCUUGUCGUCAGAGGUCUGGUCGAUAUCAGAGGCUGUGCUGGAGAACCAGGAUUCGCUAAAGCAGUUCUGGGCAUACAUCAAGCAGCCUGCACCGCUCGACCCUGUACAGGCUGGUUACUUCUCUAAAGUCAAUGAGUCGCUACUGGACCGCAAGAUGGAGGAGAUGUUGGACUUCUUCAAGUCGCUCGACAACGUUGUUACAGACAUGCUCCAGCAUGUGGACUGCCCAGUAAUCAUGGAUUUGCUGCUCAAGAUCAUCAGUCUCGAGAAGAGUGAGGGUGGUCAAGGUAUUGUCGAUUGGUUACAACAGCAAGACCUCGUGCCCCGCUUGAUCGCCUUCCUCGGACCUGAUCACUCCACAUCGACGCAAACAUCCGCUGGCGACUUUUUGAAAGCUAUCAUAACAAUAUCGGCCAAUGCAACGACCCAGGAUCAGUCGGUGAUAGGACCAAACGAGCUCACACGCCAGCUUGUGUCUGAGGCAUGCCUCAAACAGUUGAUCGAGUACAUGUUACGCGGCGGUAACCCCUUGACAGUGGGUGUUGGAAUAAUUAUCGAGGUCAUCCGCAAGAAUAACUCCGAUUACGACUUGGAAAAUCAGAUUGGGCCCGUACCUAAGAAUUCAGAUCCUAUCUACCUGGGCACGCUGCUACGCCAGUUCGCAAACCACAUUCCACAGUUCAUGGAGUUAGUACACAGCUCUAGUAGGGUUGUUGUGCAGAACGAUGGAUCUACGGCGAUGAAAAAGCGAGAGCUGAAGACAGCAUUUGGAGAGAAGAUCGAACCGCUAGGAUUCGACCGGUUCAAGACAUGCGAACUCAUGGCUGAGUUACUGCACUGCAGUAACAUGGCUCUUCUCAACGAGCGUGGAAGCGAGGCUGAGGUCAAGAGGCGGGAUGCUGAGCGUGAACGUCUCAAGGCUGAGGGCAAGCUGACAUCGGGUAACUCGGCAAACCUUGGCGACUUUUCUACCAGCGUGGAUAGCCAAGGCUUCCACCAUGCGCGCGCACCUUCUGUAGACUCGCCCGAAGAGAUCAAGUCUCUGCAGGUGCAGAACAAUUCAGAGGACGAUUUCGAGAAAGUGACUGCCCCGGAGGUCGCAGUGGCCACAAUCGAAGCCACCGAAAAGGAGCAGAUUGGCGAGCCUCUGGAACGCUCACCCAAGUCAGAUCCAAAAGAGUCACCCGCCGAGAAGACGGGCGAAGGCGAUGGCGAAUUCGUGGACGAGCCACUCACACCAACCAAUGACGCAGCAUCACCCGCCACGACUACGCCUGCAAAGGCUGCCGACGAUGCCGAAUCGCCCACUUCGGCAGGCCUAACAUCUAAGGUCGGAGGUCUCGACCUAGACAACGACACUGUCAUGGGAGAUAGGGAAGAAGCAAUCGAAGAGCCUAAAGAGGAGACUGAGCCAAAGACCACUCCAUCUCUCCUGACCCAACAGUUGAACCAGACUUCGGAGGAGCCAGAGCCUCUGUCACCGCAUGCUGAUGAUAAGCCUGCGCCGCUUUUCGCGGGUAAGAACCGCGAAAGCAACACUGAGGCCACGAAGGUCGAUACUUCCAAGUUCACAGCAGCUGCGCCGGAGGAUGCUGCAGAGGCAACACCCAUCGACGAGACGUCAAGUGUGCAUUCGAUAGUGUUCGGAGGUGUCGAAAACCAGGAUGACCAGCAACAUGUGAUCGAUAUCGAUGGUACUCCUGUCGUUGGUGAUCUCCUUAAGAUCACCUUCGUCGAGAACAAGGUCGUACCGACCAUUCUUGACUUCUUCUUCCGCUUUCCAUGGAACAACUUCCUUCAUAACGUUGUGUACGACGUUGUACAACAAGUGUUCAAUGGCCAGAUGGAGCAUGGCUACAACCGAUCGCUAGCCAUCGACCUCUUCCAGACAGGUCGCAUUACCGAACGUAUCAUCGAAGGUCAGCAAGCGAGCGACAAGGCUCAGCAAGAAACCUACAUGAGGUUGGGCUACAUGGGCCAUCUCACCCUGAUCGCGGAAGAGGUGCUCAAGUUUACAGAAAGGCACCCAACAGAGAUAUUGUCCCAAGCGGUUGUCGACAAGGUCCACAGCGAGGAGUGGAUACACUAUGUCGAGCAUGUCUUGUCAGAUACUCGCGAGAGGGACAACGCAAUCCUUGGUGGUGUUCGACCCGACAUGAGCGUUGGCCCAAGGCAAGCCGUGCUCAAUGCAGUGAAUGCAGCAUCUGGAUUUGGCGGAGACGGCGGCCUUUCAAAUGCUAGCAUCGGCAACAAUGGAGCCGUUGGUCUCGACAGCAUGGAUCUCGCCCAACAAGGUGACACCGGAGGUGGUGGGUACACCUUUAGCGGUGGCUCCUUGCUCAGCGGCUUUACUAACUCGAGUGACGAAGAAGACGAAGACAUGGAGGACGACGAUGGUAACAGGGAACGACAGGGACCUGUCGACGACUCCGAACAAGUGGGUGAAGUCUCAUUUGACGAUGCUGAUAUGGACUACCGAUAA